UGGACUACUGGGAAAGAAAAACGAGGAACUGGGAAGAGCGACUACGAGGUAAACAGCAGAAGUUAUCUGAAGAUCUCAAAGCAAUGUGAUGCUAGUACGAGCAGGAAAGCCUCGUGUAGACAUGUAGACUUAAACUAUGUUCGACACGAGCAGACCAACAUCCAGAAAAAGCUCUGGUUGUGUUCAUGUUGUGCUGCGCUGAGGCUCGAGUCACAGGUCCUGGUCAACACUCCUCCCGGCCGACGCGACGACGCGACGCGGUGGAGGAACCGCACAACUGAGGAAUGCUUUCACUUUUCCAGCAAGAAGAUGGAUGAAAAAUCCUACUACAGCCGGCUCCUCAUCGUACUCCUGAUGGUCCUGUGUUUCGGCGUUAUUGUAUUACAGUACAUCUGCCCUACGUCCGACUGCCAGUUGCUUCACCUGGUAUCAUUGUCCUCGAGACUGGGAAGCCGCGCGCCCGGGAAUCGCAUGAACGGAGCCGGUGCGGGAGAUCCGUACAGCUCGGAGGACGGUGCGUUGGUUCGAUUCGUGCCUCGUUUUAAUUUCACAUCCAAAGACCUUAAUCGCGCUGUAGACUUCAACAUCAAGGGGGACGAUGUUAUAGUGUUCCUCCACAUUCAGAAAACUGGGGGGACCACGUUCGGCCGUCACCUCGUCCGCAACAUCCAGCUGGAGAGGCCGUGCGAGUGCCAUGCGGGCCAGAAGAAGUGUACCUGCUACCGGCCGGGCAAACGGGACACCUGGCUGUUCUCCCGGUUCUCCACCGGCUGGAGCUGCGGGCUGCACGCGGACUGGACGGAGCUCACCAACUGCGUGCCCUCCUUCAUGGUCAGCCGAGAGUCUCAGGAGAGACGCAGGACUCCCAGUAGAAACUACUAUUACAUCACGAUCUUGAGGGAUCCGGUGUGGCGGUACCUGAGCGAAUGGAGGCAUGUUCAGCGUGGUGCCACCUGGAAGGCCUCUAAACACAUGUGUGACAGCCGUUUACCCACUGUGUCUGAGCUGCCUAGCUGUUACACUGGUGACGACUGGUCGGGUUGUUCGUUGGAGGAAUUCAUGGUGUGUCCUUACAACCUGGCCAACAACAGACAGACCCGUAUGCUGGCCGACCUCAGCCUGGUGGGCUGCUAUAACCUCUCCGUCAUGAGUGAGAGCCAGCGGUGGGCCAUGCUAUUGGAAAGUGCCAAGCGCAACUUGCGUAACAUGGCCUUUUUCGGUCUGACUGAAUAUCAGCGUAAGACGCAGUACCUUUUUGAGCACACGUUCCGCCUGUCCUUCAUCACACCAUUCACGCAGCUCAACGGCACGCGUGCUGCAAGCGUAGAAGUGGAGCCGGAGACCCAGCGCAGGAUUCGAGAGCUUAACCAGUGGGACGUGGAGCUGUACGAAUACGCACGGGACCUUUUCCUCCAGCGCUUCCAGUACGCCAGGCAGCAGGAGCGCAGGGAGGCCCGGCAGCGACGCCUGGAGGAGAGGCGCAAGUUACGUGCCAAGGUGAAGUCUUGGUGGGGGGUGACUGGAAAAGCUGUUUUUAAAUCCACCAAGGAGCCCCCAAUGACAGAACAAUCUCCCGCUUUCUUGGAAGAAAAACAGGCAGAUGCUGGACAAACACUGGAGAGCGAGACAGAAGGACAGGUCAACUGGUUAGAGGACGAUGACAGUGAAACUAUAUUGGACUAUUUAGAAAACGUAGAGCAGUGGCGGUAGCCACCAGCUAUUUGUGAAGAGGUUUGAACUUAAUAUUGGACUAGAAAAUGGUGAUUCCAUUUGAUUAUUUUGGGGUACCUAUAAUCCUUUAAGCCCAAAUCACGGCUAAAUAUUAUCAUAUACGGGUUGUUAAUAAGUGGGCUGCUAUAUCUGUGACAAAUGUAUUAUGUGGAACGCACAUUAAAAUUCUCAUAAAUAUAGAUUCUUAGCACCAGUUCUCUGUUAGAUAUCAUAUCUGAAUUACCGUCUUGCAGACUGAUGUGUCUUGUGAACUGAAAAGAUGAUCAAAUCCACUGUCCCGUCAACACUCUGACCUUGAGAAAGGGCAUUUUGACUCCAGGUUACAUCUACUGAAAACACUAUGGAUGAAAAGCAUCCGCUUAUCGUGAAAGCCAAAGAUUGGAAUGUUUCAGAAAUGCCAUUUUCAGACCUUGCUGUUCUGAGGAAGAACCUGAUUGCAGCAUGUUUUUGUUUACAUUCCUACAAUGUUAGAAUUCAAAUAUUGCCUUUUUUUUUUUCAAGUGUCCUCAACCAUUACAAUCCCAUGCACAUAACAAGUCAGCCUUAUGUUGAAGUCCAACAUUAUUUUUUGAUUUAAGAUGUUUUGUUAUGGGUUAGCUCAUAUUUUGUUACUUGAAAAUAAAAAGCCAUUGUGAAUCA